CAGGAACUCAUAAACAAUCAAUUCCUCACUCCUUUUCAUUCCCAGUUCUGCUAUCAUUUGCAAGCUUCUACAUCACCAUGGGUGUUGUGACUUAUGAAAUGGAGGUUGCCACAACAAUCCCACCGGCCAAGAUGUUCAAGGCAUUUGUUCUUGACUCUGACAACCUCAUCCCAAAAAUUUUGCCACUGGCUAUCAAGAGUGUUGUUACCCUUGAGGGAGAUGGAGGGGCUGGAACCAUCAAGCAAGUUAACUUUGGCGAAGGCAGCCAGUUCAAAUACACGAAGCAGAGGAUCGAUGUGAUUGACCAAGAAAAUUUCACCUGCUGCUUCACUGUGAUCGAGGGUGAUGCUCUGAUGGACACACUGGAAAAAAUCUCCAACGAGAUCAAAUUCGAGGCAGCAUCUGAUGGAGGGUCUGUGUGCAAGAGCAGCAGCAGUUACUACACCAUUGGUGACAUCAAUAUCAAGGAGGAGGAAAUAAAGGCUGGAAAAGAGAAGGCAUCGGGGAUGUUCAAAGCAAUCGAAGCUUACCUCUUGGCAAACCCUGAUGCCUACAAUUAGGCUGCAUUGUGUUUGAAUAUGGUUGAAUGAUUGUCCUAUGUUUAGCAUGGUUUUCCAUGGGGGCAUAGGUGCCUAAUAAGGGCUUCUCAGUGUGAUAUCUUGCAAUGUUCAUCAGGAAUUAAUAUUAAAUUUGGUUAUAACGCUUUUACAAUA